GAUAUGUUGAAGAGACAACCUUCAGUGUAAAACAUUAAAGCACUCCGGCCGAGUCAUGAUCACGUAAUUUGAUUGAGAAGCCAUCAGAAGUCCACAUUGCUCCAUCAUUAUUGAUGGAGAUAAUCAAAUUAGAUACACUGUUUAUAUUUGUAACUGGUCCUAGCCUUGAAGCUGUGUUGGAAAAGAGAAAAGGGAAAUCCUAUAGAGACUCCGCGUGUUGUCAAAGAUGACUCUCGGGUGAAAGUGAAGACAACCCGUGGAUAAAAGUGAAGACGACCCGUGGAUAAUAGUGAAGACGACUCCGUGGAUAAUAGUGAAGACAACCCGUGGAUAAAAGUGAAGACAACCCGUGGAUAAAAGUGAAGACGACUCCGUGGAUAAAAUUUAAGACGACCCGUGGAUAAAAGUUAAGACGACCCGUGGAUAAAAGUGAAGACAACCCGUGAAUAAUAGUGAAGCGACCCGUGGAUAAAAGUGAAAACGACCCGUGGAUAAAAGUGAAAACAACCCGUGGAUAAUAGUGAAAACAACCCGUGGAUAAUAGUGAAAACAACCCGUGGAUAAAAGUGUAGACAACCCGUGGAUAAUAGUGAAAACAACCCGUGGAUAAUAGUGAAAACAACCCGUGGAUAAAAGUGAAGACAGCCCGUGGAUAAUAGUGAAAACAACCCGUGGAUAAUAGUGAAAACAACCCGUGGAUAAAAGUGUAGACAACCCGUGGAUAAAAGUGGAUAGAUUUUGGCAUACGCAAUAUACUAUGACCAACGAGGAUUGUGGGUAAAAUGCCUUCUCCGGAAAUAUAAGCGCUUUGUUUCAAAGAACACGGACACAUUGUAGUUAUUAAUUCCAUGAAUACUGCAUGUGUAUCUGCACUUUGGAGUAUUAACAACGUGUACGCCCGCGGGUUUCCCCUCAUUGCGUUAUCUGCUGCAAAGCGUGUAUCUGCAUUGGGAACGCAUAAGGAUGGACUGAACUGAAACAAUAGAUGUCAUUAUUCAGACCGUCUUGAAAACCGUUAAAGUGAGAGUUGAUGUAUCUUUGCCUCAGGCAGAAACUGGCUUCGAGGAAUUACCCUGAAAGUGCCUCAGCGUUUGGUUGGCAUUAUCUCAGAUUGUGCCUUGAAAUAUAUACGUUCGGAUACAUGUGCUAAAAUUAUAGUGAUAUUUUUGAAGAUACCUCAAGUUAUAAUUCAAAGAAUACGUCAGAAAACUUUGUGGACUUUGACAACUUCAUCCAUCCUAUUUUGCUGGCAUAGUAUUGCCCGAUGAUGGCCGUAGAGAAAGGCGGGAGGAGGGAGAGCGUGAGACGGGUGUCCGGCUGGUCAGCGUCCAUUGUCUUCAUGGCCAUGGAGGUGAAGAUCAUGCUGGACCUGGCCGAGAUGCUGUCGCUCCGGGACUCCCUCCACAAACCGCAGAAGGACGAGGGAGGUCUUGACAUCCGGGAACUGAGUCCACAAGACGAGGAGGACAGUAUGCAAAACACACCCAACGAUACAUCAGUAGCGGUUCCCGCCGGACCCCCUCUGGAGGGGAAGGAUAUGGACCAGUAUGAGGGGGCACACAGCCCAGAGGAGGGGCACGACCCCACCCUACCCACGUACAAGGAGGCGGUGGGGGACGAUAUUCCACCCCCGGAGAAGUCGUUGCAACCGGAUGGUGACAAAAAGAUUGAGUAUGACCCUGAGAGCGGUGAGCCUCGGGAAACUUGGGGCAAAAAGAUGGAUUUUCUGUUGUCCAUUAUUGGCUAUGCUGUUGACUUGGCCAAUGUUUGGAGGUUUCCUUACCUGUGCUAUAAAAACGGAGGGGGAGCGUUCCUGGCCCCUUAUUUCUCUGUCCUGCUUCUGGGAGCUAUGCCGGUGUUCCUGAUGGAGAUGUGUAUGGGCCAGUUCAACAGACAGGGGCCUAUCACAGUGUGGAAGAUAUCGCCCAUGUUUAAAGGUAUAGGGUUUGCCUCCUGCUUCAUGGCUUACAUCGUUGCCUUCUACUACAACAUCAUCAUCGGCUGGAGCUUCUUCUACCUGUUCUCCUCCUUCACGUGGACGUUGCCCUGGACGACCUGCAACAACGACUGGAACAGCCCCGACUGUUGGGAGGUGGAGUGGUCCAAUAACGAAACCCACAACAAUAGGUCCUACAACGACAACACGUCCGUCUCCUCUACCAUGGAGUUCUUUGAACGGGGUGUCCUGAAUCUCCACAAGAGUUCUGGUAUAGAUGACCUUGGUCCGGUGAGAUGGCAGCUGGCACUGUGCACUCUGCUGACCUUCACCCUCCUGUACUUCUGCCUGUGGAAGGGGGUGAAGAGCACAGGCAAGGUGGUAUGGGUGACGGCAACCAUGCCCUAUAUAAUCAUGGCCAUCCUGCUAGUCAGAGGCUCCCUCCUCCCUGGAGCCAAGGAGGGCAUCACCUACUUCAUCACCCCCAACCUCAGUCGACUUGGGGACCCACAGGUGUGGAUCGACGCUGCAGUGCAGAUAUUUUUCUCCGUGGGAGCAGGAUUUGGCACACACAUCGCCUACUCAAGUUACAACAAGUUCAACAACAACUGCUAUCGCGACUGCCUCAUCACCGUGGCCGUCAACAGCUUCACCAGCCUUUUCUCCGGCUUCGUCAUCUUCUCCUACCUCGGCUACAUGUCCCUGAGGACACAGAAGGACAUCUCCGAGGUGGCGACUGAAGGUCCUGGCCUCGUGUUCAUCGUGUACCCAGAGGCCAUAGCGACACUGACCGGGUCCACGGGAUGGGCCAUCAUCUUCUUCUUCAUGCUGCUGACCCUGGGCGUGGACAGCGCGUUUGGGGGUCUCGAGUCUCCCCUGACGGGGCUGAGGGACGAGUUGCGUCAUCUGAUCAAGUACAAGUACUUCCGGGAACUGUUGACCCUGGGGGUGGUGGGGUCAGCCUUCAUGUUCGCACUACCCUGCCUAACAGAGGGAGGAAUGUACGUGUUCACGAUGCUGGAUCGUUUUGCGGCCGGGACUUCUAUUGUGUUCACAGUGUUGUGCCAGGUGAUAGCUGUCUCUUGGUUCUACGGCAUGAAGCAAUUCUGUGACGACAUAGAGGCCAUGACGGGGAGCAGACCAAACCUGUACUGGAGGAUCUGCUGGAAGUUCAUCAGCCCAGCUCUACUCCUUAUAAUAGUGAUAUCGAGUUUCGCUUCCUAUACCCCAUUGGAGUACAUGACUGCCACCGGGCGCUAUGUGUACCCGGAAUACGCUAACGUCAUCGGGUGGAUGAUAGCCCUGUCCUCAAUGUGUAUGAUACCCGGCUAUGCUAUCUAUAAGCUAGCCAUAACCAAGGGAACACUAAAGGAGCGAUUUGCCUUGUGUAUAUCGCCUGAAAGCGAACAUGAACAAAUACGUCAGAAAAAGCAAGUGAAGCGGUUCCAGAGGGAACACUGGCUGUCAGUAUGAAGACCAGAGACGCCAUUCGAGACGGCAUUCUUCAGGAGGGACCACGUGACGGCGAUAGUAACUAAAGACGUCUACCUGCCCAUGGUUGGAGACAAGUAUAGUGUGGCUCAUGAACAGAGGUCAUUUAGCUAGGGAAGUUUAAAAAAACAAGGAGUUGUUGCGUGAUGGGCGACGGACCAUGAGUACAAGUCUCAUUUGUGCAACUAGGGAAGUGACUGGCCAAAUGUGGACUACAACGAUGGACUAGAUUCCUAGAUGAAUAUUGAUAUUUGAAUAUAGUCUAGCAUACACGUAUAGGGCGGUAGGCUGUGAGGUAGAGUAUGUCGCAAUCUGUUGAAUACAUUUAGAAGUAACGAUGAAACUACACAUCAUAUAUUGUGACGUAUUUCCCCUCCUUCGAACCGUUUACAGCCAUUUGGCUCGCCUCGGUCCCGGUUAUCUAUGCGAGGAAUUCAUAUUGUAACUGGAUUUACUAGUUUCACUCGUUCGCGUGAUUAAAAAAGUACACAAUCUGUUGGCAGUUGUCACCUUCAUAUAGACAUGCUGCUCGGUGUGAAACUUAUUAACAUUAAAAGCUCUGGGGUAAUACCAACUAUAAAGUUGGUUUACGGUUUGUGCUGAAAUAAUGCAAUAUCACUUCGCCGUUGCUGUUAUUAUUUAGGAAACGGAAUAAACCGAGUGGAUCAGAAAAUAAGGAAUAUCUGUUCGGAAACAUAAAGCAUAAAACAUGGAACACCAUAAAGCAGUGAAACACAGAGAAUGCCUAGCAACGUAAACAUUCGAUAUUUACGCAUAGUCCUGGGUUUCUAAAGCUUAUAUUUACCACGGAGUUGGUGUUCUCUGGGAUUGUGAUUUAGGUAGCUGAAUAAUGUUCCUACAUCCCAUGCCAACAGCGCCAGUACCACCACAGUGAUGUGAUGUCUUAAUGUGGAUUGAGUGUAGAUAUUGAUAUGAUGUAUAUGUAAACGGGUGGGGAGUAUCUCAGUGGAUUAGCCUUACUUCAGAGGUAAAUACAACAAGUGGAGCUCUUAAAUAUAUAGAAGUUAGAGAGUUAACUUAAGAAUCACCGCGAUUUGUAUAAGGUGAUGGUAUCGUGAGUUAAUUUUAGAAUCACCGCGGGUUUAUAUGAUAACAUUAUUAAUAACAUAUAUAUGUAAUCUAUGAACUGGGUAUAUGAUUAACAAAAGUAUGCAUUGAUUCGAAAUAACGAGUCUGGCCAAAUGAGUUGAUUCUUGCAGGGUUCCCAUUGUUCUUUUAAGGUACUGGUACUAACGGUUAUACAGAACCUUUUUUUGGUAAAAAGUACUUACAUUGUGAUAUUGUUAUACAUCGUUUCAAAGAAAGUGUUGUGAACAAUGUGUUUAAGUAGACAACAGUCUAGAUUUGGAUACCUUUCAUAAUAAUAUGUAUGUUUGUAAUUUUCAUACAUUUGACCAAAAUGUUAACACUUGAUGAUGUUUUCAUACGAAUACUGUAGUUUACGUCCGGUUGAGCGUCUUGUGUCCCGGGAUUUAUGAUGUGCGCAUAUUAUACAUAUACACCUGGAAAACGCUUAUUUAAUAUCCAUUUAAAAUAGAAGUAUAUUUAGAACCUAUCCUGCGUUAAUUUUCUGACUAAAGUGGCAUACUCGUAUUGAAAUAUAGAAACCGAAAUAUCUUAUAUGAUGAUAUGUUUUCUGACUGUUCAAUGGCAAUAAUUAUAUUUGACUGUUCUUUCAGAUGUUAUCUCAUUGAAAUCAGACGAUAGUAUUCGCUACCGCUACAGCAAAGAUCUGAGGACAUCCCAUUACUGGUCACGCCAGAACGACCUUUCGCGAACUGUGACCGACCGAUGACCGACCAAUGAAGUGACUAACGAGAUGAUCAAAAUUAGCCAAUAAGAAAGCAGCUUUACGGCACUAGUUUCAAAAUGGUGGUUUCCAUUUCAGAUUAGGCUUGAAAAAAUAUUUGACAAAGUUCUCGAUUCAAAAUUUGAAAACUGAACAAAAGGACAUUCUGGAAUGUCUUAUACAAUCUAUCAGUACUUCCCACGGGCUAUGAAAAUUCUUUUUUUUUUUAAUGUUUAUCCCAUUGAAGCGAAAGACAGACGGUGUCAUGCAUUCGGAAUCAGUCUUUUAGCCCGAAACUCUCGUUCGGAAUACCUCAUGUUAAUCUUUUCGAGGUUGCAUGAUUAAAAGAAAUACAUUUCGACGGCCACAUUCCUGAUCUGGUAAGCGACGCUCUGAUUGGUCGGAUGAACGGUCGUUCUGAUUUCCUCAGAUCUUUGUUUAGCCAUAGCAUAGGCCUAAAUAACUUUAGGUCCAGGGUCAUAGCGGGAACUAAGAUCUGAUUUUAAUUAGAUCGUUUCAAGUGCUCAUCCUCUGCUUCUUUGCAUCAUUUAUGACCCAGUGAUCGCGGCAAUCAAGGGCAAUGUUCUUGUUCCAGCUUUAUAGUAGAUAUCGGCGGUUUCGACAGUUCAAUGUCAGAUGUUGGUAUAUCUAACAUACAUCGAAGUUCGGGAUAUAUGAAAAUGAAAGAUGGAGCUUUUGUUCAGGUGUAAAUAAUAGUUGACGUAGAGUACAAUUUAGUAAGUGUUGUAUAAUAUGCAAUGUAUUCUUGUUGUUGCAGUUUAGUCUAUUGACAAAUCUAUACAUUUUUUUCCUUUUAGAAAACGUACCGUUGUUAAGGAAGAGGGCGACAUUGUUAGGACAUGUUUCUUUUCAGGAAGGUUCAGUCAGUCAUCAGCUGGAGAUUGUGAAAUGUUCUUCCAGAAUUCGUCGAAACUGCCUGUAUAUUUUAGGAUAGAAUAAUAAUGCCCCUGGUCAUCUUUUUGGGAGAGAUGGUUGUAUUGGUACAAUGUAACGUGUGGGUAUUUUGUAUAGUAGUUAGAAAUAAAUACGAAAGUAGUAAAAUUUG